GUAUAUCAAACCGAGGAACUUGUCAUCUUUAAAUUCCCAACCCCUUCUUUAUCUUUCCCUCCACCCUCUUUCUUCUCUCCAAAACAGGAGCACAGACAUUGUUUCUGUUGUUGCUGAACUGUUUGUCAUUUUUCUGUUCGUUGAUCAUCACUUCCAUCAGUUUUGUUUUAGAUAUUAAUUACCAUACAAAGAGAAAGGGUGACUCUGUUCUGCAUGCUUCAAACAUGGCGUUUGUUCAAUCACUGUCAAAGAAUGUCUCCGUUUUUGUUCUCGGCCUUGUGUUAUUGAAUUGCUUUUCUGUGGAUAAAUUUGGAUCUCAUGCUCAAGUCGCUCCACUCUUGCCAGAAGAUGAAGUGCAAAUCCUUAAAACAAUAUCCAGCAAAUUGCAAAACAGCAACUGGACCAUCGAUCGGACUUCUUGCGGUAGCGCACAGUGGAACCUGACCAUCGUCGGCGGUGACAAAAUUCAAAGCCAAGUUACAUGUGACUGUACAUUUAAUAGUAGCACCGUCUGUCAUGUCAUCAGCUUCAAGAUGAAGGGUUUUAAUCUGACUGGAUUUUUUCCGUCGGAAUUUCGGAAUCUUACUCAUCUGCGUGAAAUUGAUCUCACUCGCAAUUAUAUAAAUGGAUCGAUCCCUGCAAGCCUUGCUGAGCUCCCCAACCUUCAGACUUUGUCUCUUCUGGCAAACCGUAUCACUGGUUCGAUUCCUCGGGAAUUUGGCAGCAUGGCAACACUGGAGUCACUGGUCCUGGAAGAUAAUCUGCUAGGAGGGUCUCUUCAUCCAGACCUCGGAAAUUUGAGAAGCUUGAAGAGACUUCUUCUUUCCGCGAACAAUUUUACAGGAACGAUACCAGAUACGUUUGGCAAUUUAAAGAAUUUAACUGAUUUUCGGAUAGAUGGAAGUGAACUGUCAGGGAAGAUACCUAACUUUAUUGGGAACUGGACCAACAUUGAGAGAUUGGAUUUGCAAGGAACAUCCAUGGAGGGCCCUAUUCCCUCUACCAUUUCACUUUUAAAGAAAUUAGAAGAAUUGAGAAUAUCCGAUUUGAAUGGAUCAAGUUCAACUUUCCCUGAUCUGAAAGAUAUGAAAAACAUGACAACACUGAUUCUGAGAAGUUGCUCAUUGAAUGGUACAAUCCCAGAAUACAUUGGAGAUAUGGCAUCGCUGGAUACUCUAGAUUUGAGCUUCAACAAGUUCACAGGCCAAAUUCCUGUUUCAUUAGAGAGCUUGGCGAAACUACGAUUUAUGUUUCUGAAUAACAACUUGCUAACUGGAGAAGUGCCUGGUUGGAUAUUGAACAGCAAGAACGAAUUGGAUUUAUCUUACAACAAUUUUACUGGGUCAACUCAGUCAAGUUGUCAACAGCUAUCAGUGAACUUAGUUUCUAGUCAUGUAACAACUGGGAAUAACACGAUUUCUUGGUGCUUGAACAAGGACCUGGUUUGUUCAAGAAAACCAGAACACCAUUCCUUGUUCAUAAACUGUGGAGGGAACAGUAUGACUGUUGGUGAUAAUGAAUAUGAAGAAGACGCAACUUCAGGGGGGGCAGCUGAAUUUGUUUCUUUAUCAGAGAGAUGGGGUUAUAGCAGUACCGGGACUUACAUGAACAAUGAUGGAGCUGGUUACAAAGCAGAAAAUUCUUUUGGUCUGAAUGUCACCGGUGAAGGGUUUUACCAAACUGCCCGCCUUGCUCCUCAAUCACUCAAGUACUAUGCCCUGUGUAUGAGGGCGGGGAGUUACAAAGUGAAGCUCCACUUCGCUGAAAUUAUGUAUUCUAAUGACUCUACAUUUAGCAGCCUUGGGAGGCGCAUAUUCGAUAUCUCAAUUCAAGGAGAAGUAGUUAGGAAGGAUUUCAAUAUUAUGGAGAAAGCUGGAGGAGUUGGCAUUGGCAUCGCAGAGGAAUUUGAUAGUAUAAUUGUUAAUGGUAGCACACUGGAGAUAGACUUAUACUGGUCAGGAAAAGGUACUACUGCCGUUCCUGACAGAGGUGUCUAUGGACCUCUCAUAUCCGCCAUUACUGUGACUCCAAACUUUAAGGUGGAUAAUGGUGACGGAUUAUCAGUUGGAGCUAUUAUCGGCAUUGUAGCUGCUUCAUGUGUUCUUGCUGCAUUGGCUUUGCUUGUUCUCUGGAGGAAAGGUUACUUGGGAGGGAAGUACCAUGAAGACAAAGAUCUUCGUGCUCUAGAUCUCCAAACCGGUUAUUUCAGCUUAAGGCAAAUUAAGAAUGCUACCAAUAAUUUCGACCCUGCCAAUAAGAUAGGUGAAGGGGGAUUUGGUCCAGUUUACAAGGGUGUUUUGUCCGACGGCACUAUAAUUGCUGUUAAGCAGUUAUCAUCCAAAUCGAAACAAGGAAAUCGCGAAUUUGUGAAUGAGAUAGGCAUGAUAUCUGCCUUGCAGCAUCCUCAUCUCGUGAAGCUGUAUGGUUGCUGUAUUGAAGGAAACCAGUUGCUGGUAGUAUAUGAAUACUUGGAAAACAACAGUCUUGCUCGGGCACUUUUCGGUCGUGAUGAACACCAGAUUAAAAUGGACUGGCAGACAAGAAAGAAGAUAUUGUUGGGUAUUGCAAAGGGAUUAGCUUAUCUUCAUGAAGAGUCAAGGCUGAAAAUCGUACACAGAGACAUAAAGGCAACUAAUGUCCUGCUUGACAAGGAUCUAAAUGCCAAGAUAUCUGACUUUGGUUUAGCCAAGCUUGAUGAAGAAGAAAACACUCAUAUUAGCACGCGAAUUGCUGGCACAAUAGGCUACAUGGCUCCAGAAUAUGCAAUGAGGGGUUACCUGACAGAUAAAGCAGAUGUUUACAGCUUUGGAGUUGUUGUCUUAGAAAUUGUCAGCGGGAAGAGCAACACAAAUUACAGGCCAAAGGAGGAGUUUGUUUAUCUUCUUGAUUGGGCCUAUGUCCUGCAAGAGCAAGGCAACCUUCUUGAGCUAGUGGAUCCAAACCUUGGUUCAAACUACUCGGAAGAGGAGGCAAUGAGGAUGCUUAACUUGGCUCUCUUGUGCACCAACCCAUCCCCCAGUUUGAGACCAUUGAUGUCCUCCGCAGUGAGUAUGAUUGAAGGUCAAAUUCCAGUCCAAGCUCCGAUAGUCAAGCGUGGCACCAUGAACGAGGAGGCAAGGUUCAAAGCCUUUGAGCUUCUCUCACAAGAUAGCCAAGCACACGUCUCAAAUACCUCUCAAAGCAGUCUGGUACAGAAAAGCAUAUCAAUGGAUGGACCGUGGAUGGAUUCGGAGAUUUCUACCCAAACUAUGGAUGAGACGAGAGGAAAUUGAUGAAAUAGUCCCUCCUCUUUUUGGCUAAUAUUCCUCUGAUUUUGUAGUAGGAUUGCUGAGAAAUCAAGAAAUAGGUUGAUUCUUUUGUAAAAAUUCACGUUUGAGAGCUUGUAUUUGGUGUUUUUGGUGUUUUUUACUUGAAAAUACAUCGAAAUAAUAUAUUUUUAUUAUUUUA